CUGAAAACUUCUGAAACGUCCGGAGGUAAUCGACUCCCGUUUAGGUUCUGUUAAGUCGGUGGUCGGGUCCUCAAUUUCGUAUUUUUUGCCGGCGACGAUGUCGAUUUACAGGAUCGCUAGAGCAUUACCCUUCUCCGGGAUCUUCAGGCAACUCGAGAAAGAAGCUGAAACGGUGAUCAAUGUUCUUCAACCUGGACCUUUGGGAAUCAUAGAGCACAAGUUCUCAGCUCAAGAGAUUCGAGAGGCGAAAGCUACAGUGUCUAGAGCUGUUGAUAGUUGGAGAAGACAUUCCGAGGUAGAGCAUGCGAAUGGCCUUUUAAAAGAUUACAUUUAUAAGUGAAGAUGAAGAAGAAGAAGUGAGUAAAAAUCUCUACUUCUGUGUGUUUCUUUUUUUUUUUAAUGGCUGGUGAAUAAAAAAGGCAUUUCAUCUUGUUGAACAAUCUUGAGAGAUCAAUGAAAAAGCAAAUCUUUCUCUUUUA